AUGGUUCUGGAGGCGACGGUGCUUGUAGUGGACAACUCUGAGUAUGCGCGGAACGGGGACUUCCCGCAGAACAGGUUUGAGGCGCAGAUUGAUGCCGUGGAGUACGUGUUCCAAGCGAAGAGGAACGCCAACUUGGAGAACAGUGUCGCUUUGGUCAGUGCUGCCGCUGCGGGGGGCACGCCACGGGUGUUAUCGACAUUCACCUCUGAGUUUGGGAAGAUCCUGAGUGGGUUGCACGAUACGGUGAUCGAGGGCCAAGCGGAGUUCGCCACGGCGCUCGAGAUCGCUGCGUUGACGCUCAAGCACAGGCAGAACGGGCUGCAAAGGCAGCGGAUCUGUCUGUUCGUGUGCAGUCCGAUCCGCGAGGAGGAGAGGGACCGGCUGCUUACCUUGGCUCGGAGGUUCCGCAAGAAUAUGGUCGCUUUGGACGUUGUGAACUUUGGUGAGAUGCAACAGAACGCGGAUCUGUUGGCGGAGGUCGUCGCUGCGGUGAACGCGGAGGGUGAGACCUACGGGUCCCACCUUGUGAACGUCGAGCGUGGACCCAGACUGCUUUACGAGACCGUGGCGACAUCGCCGAUCAUUAUGGAUGAGGCCUCUGCCGCCGCGGCCGCGGCGGCAGCACAGAACGGCGACGGCGACGGUGGUGACGGCAACUUUAUGGAUUUCGGCGUCGAUGCCUCGAUGGACCCUGAACUGGCGAUGGCCCUGCGGCUCUCGAUGGAGGAGGAACAGCAGCGCCAGGAGCGUCUGCGCCAGGACGAAUCGUGA